AGCCUUGCAGCGUCCGGUUCUUAUUCUGACCCCUCCACUCUGGAAUGGCGAUGCUGCAGCGGCUGUUUCUGUCAUGGUCGGCACUGGAACGUGCUCUGUUGCAGGGGUUUGGGCUUCAGCAACGUUUAGUUCGAGAGCUGAUGGUGAGAUUCCCUCUUCGGAGUAUUUCUUAAUCUGUUCUGUCCACGGAAAACAUUGCUAUGGUCUUCCAGCAACAUCUGAUGAGGAUUUAUUGCUUCCAGUCAAGCUCCCGCAUUGGUGAUGCAAGCCCCAGUAGACUUCUCUCAGACUGAGGCUGAACCCUGUGACAAUGAGCACCGUGAUAGCCCCAGCUUCCUAGAAAGUAUCUUCUGGAUGGCAGCACCCAAAAAACGACGCACCAUUGAGGUCAACCGUUGUCGGAGGAGGGACGUUAGGAAAUUAGAAAAAGUGAAGAACAACAUCGAGGUCUGUCAAGAAUGUGGGCACUUGAAGCUGAAGCACGUGUUGUGCACCUUCUGCUAUCAAAAGGUUGCACACGAAACGGCCCUUGUACGAGCACAGAUUCGGGUACAGGAAGGAAGGUCACUUAACACCCCCCCUGUAGAAACCGUUGUAGUUUACAAGGGAGAAAAAGUUACAGAGGCUGAUGAGGGGAAGAGGAUCAUUGAAAGGAAUCGAAAGCGCCCAUCAUGGUUCACAGUAGACUCAUGAUGUGAACACUGCAUAAAGGAGGAAGAUGGUGCUGACCUGAGACCUUAUGUUUUUAUAACGUAGGCAGAGUUAAAAUGUGCCUCUGUAGUUGAAAACCUAAUUUGAGAGUCUUCCCUUUUUGUUGACCCAGCAAGUGUUUCAGGAAUUCUAUCUAAUCUAUAGAGCUGUGCAUUGUAAUAAACCCUUUUCUACACAAAAUGCUGCGUGGGUGUUUUUUUUCUUCAAUUAUUUUUAUUUUUGACAAAUCCAGAUGGAAGCAGUAUUUUUCCUCCGUAUUUCUCUGUUCUAUGCAGCAAUUCAGAAGUAAGCAUUCGAAUUAAAUUCAGAAAUAACUUCUAUUGUAAUGGUUUAUAACAAUAUUAAGGCAAUUAGCAAUAUUCGUCUCUAAGCUCCUUCAUGGCCUCUCCCCAUCGUAUCUGUCUAAUCUCAUCCAGCCUUUAUAUACCCUCUCUCUUCUGACACAAUUUCCCCCAAGUACUCUGCUCUUGACACUGGCCUUCCCUGUAUCCCCCACCUCCCCUUGUCCCAUCAUUAGUCGCAGAUCUUUCUGAUUUCCCUCCCUAAACCUCUGCAUGUUUCCACCUCCCUCUCCUUUCAAAGCCUUUUGGAAACCCAUCCUUCAAUUAAACCCUUGUUCAGCAGCACCCACCCCUGCCUAUCCCUCUCUGUGGCUUGGCGUCUACUUUCCUUGCACCUGUUUCUGAAAAGUUUGGGGAUGGUCUUCACGUUAAAAGGUUUUGUAUGAAUCCAUGUUGCUAUUACUGUUAAUCCUCCUAAAGGUGCCUCCUUUUAUCCUUGAUUAAGAUGGUUGGAUCAGUCUGAGGUACUUUUUAACUAUAAUCCUGCUUUAUUUCAUCAGUCUUGAAAAGAAAGGUGGAAUGGAUUAAUUUAAUCAAAAUAGGCUCCCUAGUCCUUUUUAGGGCUUUGUGUUGUCUAGAGAGUGUCUAAUUUAUGAAAUGGAUGUGCUAAUCAGACUGAUUUCAAAAUAUAGUUCUUAUUGUCAAAACUUAAAGCAUGCAAUUAGUCAAUGUGAAUUAUUUUUUUUAAAAAGUUGAUGCUCUGUUUGUAUUUUGCCGGUGACCAUUGCUAGUAAGAGAUGUUCAAGUUUCAGCAAUGCUGAAUUCAAUAUACCAGAAAGAAAUGAUUCAUUGAGAUAUUUUUGCUCUGUAUCACUAUGAAAGUGAAUAACAAGGAGCAUUGCUUUAUUUGAAUGAAUGAUAAGAGAUCUCCAUGUCUGUUCUUUAUUUAGCCAAUGUAUAAAUAGUGUAUGAAUAUGAUUGUGCAAUCAAAUCAAUAUUUAAUAAAGCAGAGGUGGUGCAGUCAACUUUAAAAAUUUA